CCGGCCUGUCAUCAACUGUCAAACGUCUGGGGCUUUUGUAUUCAAUGAUAUCGUUAAUUCGGCGUUAAAAUUAAUCUUUCCAGUACGAUUUUUACCCAGUCCUUUUUAACUAAGCUCUUAGAACGUAGUUGAACUAAUUUAUAAAGAUGCUGAUUAAGGUUAAGACUUUAACGGGUAAGGAAAUUGAAAUUGAUAUUGAACCCACUGAUAAAGUGGAAAGAAUCAAAGAAAGAGUGGAAGAAAAGGAAGGAAUACCCCCACAACAACAGCGUUUGAUUUUUUCUGGAAAACAAAUGAAUGAUGAAAAAACAGCCCAAGACUACAAGGUCCAGGGUGGCUCAGUGUUACAUUUAGUUCUAGCUCUUCGCGGAGGACUGUAAGCAAUGAAUUACAAUCACAAACCACUUUGUUAAUCCUCUAAAAACAGUACUACUAUUUAAUAUAUUAUAUUUUGUAAGCUACUAUUUUAUUUUUUGAGGAAGUUUCGGCCUUGUUUUCUUAUUUGUUAUUGCAAAUAUAAAAAUGCUAAAAAUGAAGUUUCGGUUCAAGUGACAUCAAUAAAUAAGUUUUUUAAUA